GGAGACAAAGCUUGGCAGCGUGCCUCUUCUAUUCCUUCCUCCAUCUCCAUCGCCACUCGAGUUCCCCUGACCCGUCUCCUGCUGCAACUCGCUACCAUGGUGGAGAAGUCGAAGCCUCGCAAGGAUGAGGUCGUAGCUCGCGAAUACACCAUCAAUCUCCACAAGAGACUGCAUGGCUGCACCUUCAAAAAGAUGGCACCCAAAGCCGUGAAGGAGAUCAGGAAAUUCGCCCAGAAGACUAUGGGAACCAGCGAUGUGCGGCUUGAUGUUAAGCUGAACAAACACAUCUGGAGCAGAGGCGUCCGCAACGUUCCCACCAGAGUCCGAGUACUCAUUGCCAGGAAGCGAAACGAUGAUGAGGAUGCUAAAGAGGAGUUGUACUCUUAUGUCUCCGUUGCUGAGGUGCCUGCUGAAGGAUUUAGAAAUCUGGGAACCAAGGUCGUUGACGAAGAGUAGGUCUGCGAUCUGCCUCUGAUUUUGGAGCUUGUAAUAUGAAAAGGCAUUCGCUCUUAUUGGACCAUUUCUGUCUGAAUUGUGAUUGGAAUCCGGUACAUGAUAUUACCAGCCGUUCAACUGUUCUUUGAGUA